ACGCUUCUUGAUUUUCUUUCUUCGUUUCGCCCACUGUGGUUUUCGUCGGUGUUGCCGAAAGGAAACCCUAGAUCAGAGAGCGAAGGUCAUAUUGAGAAGAAGGGAGACUGGAAGUGACGCUGAGAACUGAUCGAUUUAAUGGCGGAGCACUUGGCAUCUAUAUUUGGUACAGAGAAGGAUCGGGUUAAUUGCCCUUUUUACUUCAAGAUCGGGGCUUGCAGACAUGGUGAUAGGUGUUCUAGGCUCCACACGAAGCCGAGCAUCAGUCCAACAUUGCUUAUUGCCAAUAUGUAUCAGAGACCUGAUAUGAUCACUCCUGGAAUUGAUCCUCAGGGUCAAGCCAUCGAUCCUCACAAAGUCCAGGAACAUUUUGAGAAUUUUUAUGAAGAUCUAUUUGAGGAGUUGAACAAAUAUGGAGAGAUUGAAAGCUUGAAUAUUUGUGACAAUCUGGCUGAUCACAUGGUGGGUAAUGUAUAUGUUCAGUUUAGAGAGGAAGACCAUGCUGCAAAUGCCGUGAAGAACCUUAAUGGAAGAUUCUAUGCAGGACGUCCAAUUAUGGCCGACUUUUCUCCUGUGACGGAUUUCCGUGAAGCCACAUGUAGGCAAUAUGAGGAGAACACGUGCAAUCGAGGUGGCUAUUGCAACUUUAUGCAUCUGAAAAAGAUUAGCAGGGAAUUGAGGCGGCAACUAUUUGGGAGGUAUCGGCGAAGGCGCAGCCGCAGUCGAAGCAGGAGCCGAAGUCCAUUCAGGAAUCGCAAUUAUGAGGAUCGUCCACAUGGUGGUGGUGGUGGUGGUGGUGGUGGCGGUGGUUUUGGUGGCCGUGGUCGUGGUCGUGGUUUUGGUAGACGACAUGAUGACCGGGAUCCCCAUUACUUUGAUGAGCGAGGCAGGAGGCCCAGGAGCCGAAGCCCAGGACGGAGGAGGGGAAGAAGCCCGAGCCCUGGAGGAAGGAGGAAUAGGAGUCCUGUUCGGGAAGGUAGUGCUGAAAGAAGGGCUAAAAUUGAGCAGUGGAACAGGGAGAGGGAACAGGCUCAAUCUAGUAAUAAAAAUAACAGCAAUGUUGAUCCCAACGAUAAUGAGAGCAAUGGGUAUAAUGAAAAUGGAGGCCUAUACAAUGAUCAGCAGCAGCAACAGCCACCGCAGCAAGGAGGAUAUGGCUACUGACAAUUGAAAUUUGUGGUUGGUUGCAUUAUCAGCGGAGUGACUUGGCAGAAUAUAACAGAUAUAAUGGUGGAAGAAUUGUUGCAGACGCUCUCUCAGAUGUCUAAAGAGAUGUGCGCAGGUGAGGUUUUCCUUUCAAACCCUACACCCCAUCCCUAUCAAACUGCAGGUUACUCUUUCUGGAUCAGGAAGGAGCGAGCUAUUAUUUCGUUUACCCUAUCAGACAAUUUCAGCUAAUACUUUUGAGUUUCGUACAUGCUGGUUGAUGUCGUUAAACGCUAUGGAGUUUACAUUGAACCGUGUGGGAGUGUUUAUUAUAUUAGAAGGGAUAAUUGUUCCUCAGUUUUAUUGGAUUUGUU